AUGGCGACGACGCCGGUGGAUGACGCGAUCGACGCCGCGCUGAUGGGAUCGAGCGAUUGGUUGAAUGAGUUUUUCUCCACCUUUGACGGUGACGUCGCGAGCGCGUUGUUGGACGACGUCGAGGCGUUCGAGCAACCGCUCGUGGGUGAUCACGAGGCUGAGGUCGGUCAGGUGCCUAGGGGGGAGAGCGAGUCAGGUUUGGAGUCCAAGAAGCGCAAGGCUGUGGACGAGGUAGAGAAUGAGGUGGAGAACGCGAGCGUGGGUAACGGUGUGCGCACGAGCACGUUGAGCGAGGGGGCGAAGAAGACGAAGAGCACGCGCGAGAAGAAGCGCAGGGACGCGCUCAACAGUCGCUUUGAGGAGCUCCAGGCGGUGCUCGAGCCGGGAGCGGCGACGAAGGCGGAUAAGGCCACGGUGGUCGCGGCGGCGACGGUGUUUAUCAAGCGCCUGCGCGCGGAGCACGCGAGGUUGGCCGAAGGGAUCAUGCGCUUGCAGGAGGAUAAUAUUCAAAAGGCAAAGCUCACUAAAGCGCUCGCCAUCGAACGGGAAGCGCUCAGGAAGGAAAAGCAAAUUUUGCUGCACGAGAAGCUUCGCAUCGAGGCGCAGUUGCAAGGUUUCCUGGCCAACAUGCCCUUCGCUUCUCCCGCGGACGGCGUUCGCUCCUUGGCGUCCACGAAGGGCGCCGAAGUUCAAAUGCCCUCCUGGACGCUUGCCACAACAUUCAUGAUACCGACCACCACGGAGGGCGAGGAGGACGUCACCCUGCGCGCGCCCGUGGCAUAA